UUCACAGGGCGAAUGUGACAAGUGCAAAUUGAUUGAAUACAGCAAACUGAAAAACAUGCUACUGGAUGUCCAGAAUCAAAAAUACAUUCGGUACCGAAAUAAGAAGGAAAAUAAUGACAAGAUGUCCCUCAAAAAAUUGUUGGUCGACAACAUGUUUGAAUAUUUUGAUUCAAAUAACGACGGGCUUGUAGACAGCAAUGAACUUGCUCAGGUAAUUAAACAGGAUCGGCUUGGAAAGGAUCUCUCUCAGUGCUCAUUAUUUGAUCUGCUGAAAUAUGAUGAUUACAAUAGUGACAAGCAUCUAACACAGGAGGAAUUUUACAGAGCAUUCCAGGUGGUUCAAUUGAGUCUGGCAGAAGAUCAGAAAGUGAGUGUAACUACGGCAACAGUGGGGCAGAGUGCAGUCCUAACAUGUUCAAUUCAGGGAAUCCUCAGGCCACCAAUAAUUUGGAAACGCAACAAUAUUGUUCUUAAUAACUUGGAUCUGGAAGAUAUCAGUGAUUUUGGAGAUGAUGGCUCACUGUAUAUAACCAAGGUAACCACAACUCACAUGGGAAAUUAUAGCUGCCAUGCAGAUGGUUAUGAAAAACUGUACCAGACUCAUAUCCUGCAAGUGAAUGUGCCUCCAGUUAUUAGGGUUUACCCCGAGAGUCAAGCUCGUGAGCCAGGUGUGACCGCAAGUCUCAGAUGUCAUGCUGAAGGCAUUCCGAAUCCCAUGAUCAAUUGGUUGAAAAAUGGAGUUGACAUUAUGCCCAAACUGUCAAAGCAGCUUACUCUGCAAGCAAAUGGAAGUGGAGUGCACAUUAGCAAUGUGCGCUAUGAAGAUACUGGAGCUUAUACUUGCAUUGCCAAGAAUGACGCAGGAGUGGAUGAAGACAUCUCAUCUCUGUUUGUGGAAGACUCAGCCAGAAAGACACGAUUGGGAGUAGGAAACAUGUUCUAUAUAUUUUAUGAAGAUGGGAUCAAGGUGAUUCAGCCAAUUGAAUGUGAGAUUCAGAGGCACAUUAAGCCCUCAGAGAAACUCCUAGGGCAUCAGGAUGAAGUCUGCCCUAAAGCUGAGAGUGAAGCCUUCCAGCGAUGCGUUUGGGCUACUGCGGUGAACGUCAAAGACAAGUACAUCUACGUGACGCAGCCAAAGCUGAACAGGGUGCUGAUUGUUGACAUUCAGUCCCAGAAAGCAGUGCAGGUCGUAGUCACUGAUCCAGUUCCAGUAAAACUUCACUAUGAUAAAUCACAUGAUCAAGUCUGGGUUCUUAGCUGGGGUGAUAUGGAGAAAACAUCACCAACACUGCAGGUAAUUAAUCAGGCCAGUGGGAGUGCAGCCCAUCACACGAUCCAUACUCAACCAGUCGGCAAACAGUUCGAUAGGGUGGAUGAUUUUUUCAUUCCAUCUACAACUCUCAUCAUUAAUCAUAUCAGGUUUGGAUUUAUUCUUCACAAAGGUGAACCAGCCCUUCACAAAAUUGAUCUUGAAACCAUGAUGUAUAUCAAGACCAUCAGUUUGAAAGACUAUAAUUGCAUUCCACAGUCACUUGCCUAUACUCAUCUUGGUGGAUAUUACUUUGUUCACUGCAAUGCUGACAACACUGGAGCGACCGAGCCACAGAUUAUAGUGGAUAGUGUCACAGAUUCUGUCAUUGGUUACAAUGGUGAUAUAACAGGUGCACCUUACGUUUCUCCAGAUGGACAUUAUUUGGUCAGUAUCGAUGAUCAAAAAGGGCUCUUAAGAGUCCAGACCAUCACCAUCCAAGGGGAAAUCCUCGAAUCCUUUGACAUUCACACCAAUUUACACAUCUCCGAUGCCACCUUCCAACCUUCUUUCACCGAAGCCAACCAGUACAAUAUCUUCGCUAGUUCAGGUGUGCAAACAGAGGUGCUCUUCGUGGAACUUUCCACAGGGAAAGUGAAGAUGGUGAAGAGUCUGAAGGAACCCAUGAAGACUGAAGAAUGGCCAUGGAACAGUAAAAAUCGAAUUAUUGUGGACAGUGACCUGUUUGGCCAAUAUCUGAUGACACCAUCCAAGGAAUCACUGUUUAUUCUUGAUGGAAGGCUUAAUAAAUUAAACUGUGAGAUCACAGAGGUGGAAAAAGGCAACACAAUAAUCUGGGUAGGUGAAGCAUAAAAGGAAAGGUUGAUAACCUAUCCCCUGGUAUGUAGUUUGCCACUGCACCUAGAUUGCAACUUGCAUUAGAGAAAUUCUGUUCUUUUAUAGACUGCAAAAGGUACCUAAUUAAUGUAAAACGAGUUUGCAGAUACAAAGACCACGAACUUCCAAGUGACAUAGAUAAUAAUUGGAGUUUUCUAAUUUAUUAGUGCUUUUAACUACAAGAUAGGUUGCAAAUUUAAAUUGUGCAAUGAGGCUACUAAAUGUUUUAGUUAUGGAAAUUCUAAUAGCUGCAGGGAAUUAUAGAAAACCUACUAACACCCAGUUGUGUGUUUUAACCCUCUUUUUUUCAGAGCUGCUUGCAAAGUAUUGACUUUUGCUUGUGGAUACUGAUUCAAAAAUUCUCUUGUUUAAUCUGAAAAAUCCAGAAUUGUUUGUCAGCGUUUUUGUGCCUUGAAGGGCUAAUUAUGCAGGGAGAGGGUUAAUUAGUCCCACCAUGGCCUCAAGUUGUUUAAUACUAGAGGAUCCUGCAUACCGUUAUUAAUGCCAACACCUGGUCCAAACAAGUGCUGACUAACUCGGUAACACAAUACCUUUUCAAAAUUGAAUUAUAGAGCAUGAGGAAAAGCAACUUGUUCCCCUUCCUCAAAAGACAUUCUGUCAACUCUAAAUCAGCAUACAUCAAACUGUUUAACAUUGUUAGAAUAAUGUAAAAGAAAUCUAACAAUCAAUUUAUAGUUAAAUGUGGCAGAGAAAAUUGUGCUGUACUCCAAUAAUGGCUGAUAAUACUGUAUUUUUAGAUUUAAUUUGAGUCUUACUGGAUUGACUUGUUACUCAACUAGUUGUGUCUUGUGAUCAGGAUUUUAUACCCAUGACCAUGUCUAUAUAUAGCAUCUGCUAGGCUCUGUGUUUUCCAUCUAUUAGUUGGGAAAAUAAGGUAUGCGGGAAGAAUCCAUUUCUAUGCUCGACUGCACUGCAGCUGACUGAUAAAUUGUUGAAGUUUGUAGUAACUGAAAUGGUCCCCUUUUUUACCGGUAAUGUUCUAUCUUGUGGGCAUCUAGAGUAUGAAAAGUCUCUAUGUAAACAUGUGUCUGUCAAAUAUACAUUUUUUCUGUGUCCUGUGAUAGAUUUCAUAAUUUGUGAA